AUUUACAUACCCCGCCCUAACGACGCUCUCCCCUUCUCCUCAUACCAUACCAGUCGUCUCGGUCACUACAUGCCCUAACUCCGGCGAAAUCGCCUCCGCGUGCCGGCGAUCGCUCCGGAAGGGUUAUUCUCCGUCCCAAUUCAGGGCUGGUUGGCCCGAUCCAUGGCACCUCGCAAGAACCUGAUGGAAUUCUUCGGCAGAAGGUCGCCGAAGACCCCGAGCCAACCGAUGCCGGAUCAGCCCGACGAGAAGGGUGAAGAAACCGGCACGUCUGGCGCUUAUGGAUCGCAGGGGUCUGGAAGCAAGCAUCGCCGGCCGGCUAGGCAGUGUGUCCGAAAGCUUCCGCUUGAUCUCGAGAGGGAUGGAAUCGAGGGCGAAGGGGAGUAUGAAGGUGUGGCUGAUGGAGAAGGUGGUUCGGGUGGACGGAAGCUAACGAAAACUAAGGGGAAGACCACGCCGAGGUCUUUGAUAAGGGCUAAGCGGAACAAUGCGUCGAAUAACGAAAUCGAUAAUUCUAAGGGGCCAAUCGGUUCCCAAAACGAGGAAUGUUCUGCGCUGAGCUCGGGAUCAGAUUUCUUUGUAAAAUUAUCUGAAAGGAGAAAGCGGCGUAAAAGUCUCCAGCAGGAGAAAGGAGAGCACGUUCCCGGAGACACCACAAUUGCAGAUGAAAUGCAUCAACAGUUGAGGAUGUUGAAAGACAAUUUAUCCUCUGGCGAGGAGAAUGGAUUGCGAGGCCAGAUUCGAAUGCUUGAAGGCAACCACUUUGCUGCUAGUAACCGAUCUGACCGUAGUAACAAUGGUUCACCCGCUAAAGCUAUCGAUCUCAGAUUGGAAGCAAAAAGGGCGGCAGAAGAAAAUGCUCGCCUCUUUGCUGGAAAACAAAUACAUCCAUUUUUUGUUUCAUGUCAAACAUCAAAAAGAUUGUCAGAGGUAUGUCACUGGGGAAAUCGUUGUGACUCUGUCUUGCAAGAGGAUAUGACCAUGCCAUAUGCUCCAUUACAUGUGCUGCAGACAAGUCAGGAGGAUGAGGUAUUAUUGAAUUGGCAAGAUUGGGUGGUUUUUGAGGGAAACGUACUUAAACGUGCUGAUCCUAUUAUUGUAGAGGAUAUGACUUUGGCAUGGCUUCAUGGAUCCAAGCCUCUAAAAAUUGAUAGCUUUGUGAAUAUUCCAAAUUUGGCAGAAUCAACAUUUCUGGAACAGCAGCUUGAGAGAAGAGAAAGUGGGUCGACAGCCUCGACCUCAUGUUCUUCUUUGUUGAUUGGUGAGCAGAAUUGUGAAGUUGAGAUGGAAGCACGUGACCGUGCCCCUGUUGACAUAACAAGGAAUCAUGUAUGUGGAGAACUACAUGACGAAAGGAUGAAGCCAUACUAUCUUCGGUGUAGCAGCCUUCAACCUGUUGCCAACUUGUGGGUUGACAAAUACCAACCAGACAGGGCGUCAGAGGUAUGUGGCAACCUUGACUCAGUUAAGUUUAUAAAUGAGUGGAUGCAUUCCUGGUAUAUUCAGAACCCUGCGAAUGAUAAAAUUUCUUCUCAUAAUGACGACCAUGAAUGGAUUGAAGAUGAUGAUGCUGUAAAUGACAUGUAUGGGAUUGCACUAAAAAAUAUUCUAUUGCUAACUGGACCUAUCGGGAGUGGGAAAUCUGCAGCAAUUUAUGCGUGUGCCAAAGAGCAAGGUUUUCAAAUAAUUGAGGUCAGUGCAUCUGAUUGGCGGAGUGGAACAGUUGUGAAGCAAAAGUUUCGGGAAGCUAUGGAAUCACAAUGCCUGAAAAAGUGGUCUCAUGAAGACCCUGUUGGUUCACAGAAUCAACAUGGUAUAGGAACCUUCCCAAUUGAAAAUAAAAGCCUGGAGUGUGGAAAUUCAGGAGACCUCAGAAAAGUGAAUUUUGAAUCUGUUUCUUGCCUAGAACAAGAGAAUGCUUUGGAAAUGGAAGUUUCUUGCAAUUUUAUGGAGUGUAGGGGUUUAGGUAAUCAAGUUGCUAGUAAGACUUUGAUCCUGUUUGAGGAUUUCGAUGCAACACUUGAUGAAGAUCGUGGGUUGAUUGCAACUAUAGUUGAACUUGCUGAAACAACCAAGCGGCCUAUUAUUCUGACAAGCAAUAGUGAGGACCCUAUUCUGCCUCCGCUUGUGGAUAGGGUCACGAUCAAUUUCACUCUUCCUUCAGUAGAUGAGUUGGUUUCCCAUGUGUAUAUGGUUUGUGUUUCCGAAGCUAUCAACAUUUCACUGCAGUUAAUAGAGCUUGUGGUUAGAUUUUGUCAACGUGAUAUACGAAAGACCCUCAUGUUCCUUCAGUUCUGGUGUCAGGGUCGAACAGAUCAAGGAGGCAAUAAGUCAUUAUGUGCUUAUGGGCCAGUACCUUUCAACAUUGAUGCUGGACACUAUGUGAUAAAGAAGGUGAUUCCAUGGGGCCUUCCAUCCCAGCUGUCGGAGUAUAUAGAACAGGAGGUCUCUAAAUCGUUGGCCAAGACGAAAGCCAUUGCUCUGGAUGAGACAAUAACAGAAGAGCUGAGUACUGCGGAAAAUUUGGAGGAUCGGUUAGGUCAUAAGAAUGAAGACAUGAGUAACAACGAGGAUGGCUUAUCAAAAUGGAAGUUGGCUAUGCAUGAUUUUGCUUUAGAGUCAUCGAUUCUAUCCGAUAUUAGUCCUUGCAAGACUGUGGAAACCACCAAGCAGUCGAGGCAAAAAAGACGUGUCGUAGUUUCAGAUUCCGAAGAUGAGCCUUACAUUGACAAAGUAUAUCUGUCAGAGCGGCUGCCUCAGCAUCUUGGUGAAGAGUCCUUGCUAGAUGUGCCAAAUAAUUCUUUUUCCAUGCAAGAACAUCCUGAGGCGAACCAUCUAGAUGCGACGUUACACGAGAAUCUUCUGGGAGGUCCCAAAACAAAUGGAGUCGGUUGCACUCAUUACUUGAAUGGAUCUCCUGAAAUUUCUUGCAUCCCAGGACUAUCUUUUGUUCCUGAAACAGAAAUAGACAACGGAUAUUUGGAGCAAAUAUCAUCAGUGGCUUGUUUUCCUGAUCUUGCGCAAAACACUUGCUUGGGCAGUUCAGAUAUGCUUAAAGAACUUGGAAUGGAGAUAAUUAACUUAGCACAAACCGAUGGAGAACCGGACAGGGUUUCUGAAACUCUAUGCUGGGAUGCCUGUGACACGGCUGCAGAAUCAGUUCCUGGCUGUAAUGAUUGUCAUUUUGAGCCCCCCCUGGCUAUUUUUAGAACGUGUCCUUUGAUUGAUGAAUGCAGCCGUGCGGAUUUCAGUAGCAGUUUCAUGAAUAAAACGAAACCGAAACGACUAGUUGUAGCUGAUUUAGUUCAAGAGACGUGGAAGAAGCUGCGAAGCCAGGGCUCGGAAAUCAGGUUUUGUAUUGAAACAGAACAAAGCGCAUCUUCUUCGUUAAAGAUAGCCAGUGGGCUGACUCAACUUAUUUCUGAUGCCGAUGUGAUGCGUACCGCUGGCUGUGUGCUUUUCAAGUAUCCUGCGCAGGCAUCAAUAUUUGAUGAGGGCGAUCGACAUGUUGACUUAAUGUCCACAUUUGCUGAGCAUGGCCUUUGCUUCUACGCAAAGAAGAGUGCUCCAAUAAGGAGACACCUGGACCCCGCCAUCGAGUUGGACUUGGCGUCGGAGAUUCUGGUCUCCAGCAUGGAUGGUCUAACAAUAGGGACGCUGGUUGCUCAGGAGAGUGGUCAUGGCUCCUCAAUCCAACUAAAGAUUUUUGAGGAAUUGAUGGAAGAAGGCAUGCUGCCUGACAGACUUGAGGAUGAUUCGAUGCUUUCCGAUGCACUGUUGACGGUCGUCCCUAUACGGUCAUAUUUGGCGUCGAGGGGUGCUGCCUUCCACGAAUACUUGUCAUUUUUGAGCCAAAUAUCCAAAGGAGAAUCUACUCGUCUUGCCCAAGAAGGCAAGUCCCGAAAAUGUGGCAGGUUUAGAGGUUCCCGUCAUUACUUGAGGACAGGUCCCUUUUCAAUGUCUGCCGAAGAUGUCCUUAUGUUAGAUCAGCAUGCCUGCUACAAGAAAAGAGACCCGAAAUCCAUUGUGAAGGUUGAUCCAACUUGAUGCGUUAACUGAUUUUGCUUCAUGGUUUUGUAACGUGAGGCCGUGAUGUGUCUGGCUGGUGUAAUCAGAGAUCUCAACAGAUGGAGCAAGUAAGCAAGUUCCUGGCCUUGGUAUAUCCAUUUGUAUAAACGUAAGAAGGGAUGCUUACGCAUCUUGAUCAAGGUGUGAAGGAGUUGCUAAACAGGCGAGCAGCGGGAACAGGUGUCAAUGUACAAAUGACGUAGUCUCAGUCACAAAAUGCGGGCUCCACUCUUAAGUAUUUCAGAUGUCAUUAUUUGGUUGAUGAUUUAUGUAUUUGGCCCGAGGGCUUGACACCCUAGCCCUCGGAUUUGUAUUGGCUCUGCUAGAAAUAGGAAAAGCCACCACCAAGGGAGAAAAGAACGGUCAGGGGAAUGGUGGGUGUAAGUGGCUUGCUCGCGAAGGUGCGGCGUCAUGAAGUAGAUACAUCAUUUAUUCAAAUGUUAUUGGA